AUGGGUAAUGGAGUGGUACCCACAAAUUCUAUAAAGAAGGAAAUAGCCCUGACGUAUUUCAAGGGUUGCAGGCUGUGUGCCUUGGGAAAUCCCCAAGGCAGAGUGAGAGCAUCUGGGGGUGGGGGGCGACUGGCCCAAGUCAUGAGGGUGGCAGACACUCAUCGGUGGACUUUUGCUUCAUAUGUCAUGGAACACUGGGUUGUGUGGAAGAUCAACAGCAGUUUUAAGUUUCUUGGUGGUGGCAGGUGGCAUGCAGAUGGAAAACACCUAGGUUUCACAUGGUGUGUGGGGAAACAUGAAAGGCCGCUUGAGAGGGUGGAAAGGAAGAGAAGCCCUGCAGGUGCAGGCUUUAUAAAGGAUACCGGACUCUGUAACAGUGGAGUGUGGUCACAUUGGGUGGAUGGUGACGCCAUGGCUUCUGGUGCUGAGCUGCUGCAGGCUCGGGAGCAUCUGCUUCUGGAAUGCGGUUGGGUCUGGUUUACCAACAAUAGGCAGACUGUGAUAAUGGAGAACAUGGUUUUGUUAGCUUUUUUACUUGCAGCUUACCUGUCGAUAGCCUUGUCUCCCAUUAGUGGACAAUGGUGUGGUGGGCAUAGUGCAAAGACACGAUUGAAAGCCUACACUGGAUCUAAUGUUUUGGCAUGGCUUCCUGCUUCAGUGCUGUCAGUGGGUAUAAUCUAUGCAGGGUCCAGAGCUUUGUCCAGACUGGCUGUUCCUGUGUUUUUCAUUUUGCAUAAUGUAGCUGAAGUUCUCAUCUGCGGGUACCAGAAGUGUGUCUGGAAAGAGAAAACAUCGCCCACAAAGAUCUGUAGUGCCCUCUUCCUCGUGGCUGCUGCAGGGUGCCUUCCCUUCCAGGACGCCCAGUUUGAUGCAGAUGGAUAUUCUUGGGCUGUAGUUCACUUAUUUUGUGUAGGGGCCUACAAAAUACUUCGGAAAUCCCAGAAGCCCAGCGUGUUAAGUGACAUUGACCAGCAGUACUUGAACUAUAUAUUCAGUGUGGCACUCCUGGCAGUGGCGUCUCAUCCCACAGGUGACCUCUUCGGUGCCGCGGACUUUCCGUUCCUGUCUUUCUACAGAUUCCACGGCAGCUGCUGUGCCAGCGGGGUUUUAGGAUUCUUUCUCAUGCUCAGCACAGUAAAGCUGAAAAGCGUUCUGGCCCCAGGGCAGUGCGCAGCCUGGAUUUUCUUUGCUAAGGUCAUCACAGCUGGCUUGUCACUCUUGCUGUUUGAUGUGGUCCUGACCAGCGCAACUGUGGGCUGCUUCCUGCUUGGUGGACUUGGCGAGGCCCUGCUGGUUUUCUCGGAGCGGAGAGGUUCCUGAUGGAAAUGCUCAAGGAAAGGAAACACUCAUCUGCUGCAGGAGAACACAGCGCUCGGGCCUCCCUCUUAAGGAACAUAGAAAGAGCUCAGAGAGUGCAACCAAGCUUAACUCCGUGUUUGCUGAUGACUCAAACAUCCCACUUUCUCAUCACUGAGCGGAGGAUUUCACAGGGGCCUCUGCACCGCUGCAGAGAAAGGACCCAUCUUACAUCUUCUCAUGCAGGACCAUCUCCACUCCACUGCACCCAGUUCGGCAGAAUCAGGAGGCAGGGGAUCUUAAUGGGAUGGCUGUGUCAUCUGGGUGGACCACAGCCUCUGGAAACCAGGACUUCCACCAAACACUGUCCUGUGUUUGAGGUUACAGUCCCUUGGAGUCUUAUUGCAUUUAUUUUUUGGUGGUGUUUUGUGUCUUUCCAUUUUGGAGUCUCUUCCCCCCCUUUGAUUUUUCUGGUUUACCUGGAGCCCAUGCCCGCCCACAGAAAACAAGGCAUAAAUGCUCCUGAGGGUCAUGUAUGGCAGUGAGAUACCAAGAAAGAUCUUUAGACGGUGUUGUGAGUGGAGGGCUUUUGUGGUUGAUGCAGAUUUAUUUCCAGCUUCUAAAUUUCUCUUGGUUCUUGUGAAUUUGUCAGAAUGUGUUGAGUUCUGUCCUAUGUAGCUGAGGUGGGUCUCCAGUGCUUACCUGUUCUGUCUUCGUGUAGCUGAGGUGGGUCUCCAGUGCUUACCUGUUCUGUCUUCUGAGGGCUGAGACUGCAAGCAUGCAUUCCUGUGCCUACGUUUUGUUCCUUAAGGUUUUUUUUAAAUGUAAUUCCUUCAUAUCUUAGACAAGAUCUCAAGGUAUUGACCAGUGGGUUUUAUCUCUCACACCAGAUUGAUUUGAGUAAAGUCCAGCACCUACCGUGGAGAAGAAGCUACUUUACACAAAAUAGUCACUUGACUCUGAAUCCACUAAGGCUUAAGAAAAAAUGCUUCAAUCCGGAUAUUUCUUUUUUUUUUUUAAGAUUGUAAUGAUCUGGCUUUAUUUUACACUAGGUAGGAGGGCACAAAGUAAUCCUCUUUAAUAAAGUUGACAUUUAGCUUUACUCAGAACAUUUUAAUAAUGCACAUUUUAAAAAAAGUAUUCACCUUACAAAUUGUUCUGCAAUCCAAAUAUACAACAGCUUGGAAAACAACAUUUAGAAAGCAAAAGCCAAUGUAAAAAGACAGAUGAAAACAGCUACAACAGUACAGUUUGAUAUGGUUCAGAUUUUACAGCUUUCUUACUGCUUCGUCUAUGUCAGAAAUCUGUUCCUUCAGCUGGCUCCACUGCUCCAUGUUUAAAGAAAUACCUUUUCUCCCUGGUUUCAUUUCACCUUCUGAGUCCACCCAAUAUUCUCUAAUAUCAAUUAGAAUUUUUCCUUUAAAAUCCUGAACACUGACGUAGCUCAUCUUCCCAAUCUGAAACAUGUUAUCAUCUCUGCUGCUGCUACUCUGCUUGGAAGAUGCCAACGCUCUAGAAGUCUCACCAGGCUUUUGUUUCUUCACAGGCUUUUCUGGAACCACUUGCUUUUUCCUCUUUAACUUUUUUUCAACCUCGCUGUCAGAAUCACUGCCUGAAGAGCUUGAAGAAACAAGUUCCUUUGAUUUAGGCAUUGCUCCAUUCCUGCCGUCCCAAUCUGGGUAUUUCUUCUCACUGAUUUUACAAAUACUUUUUUAAAGGAUCAAUAAAAUGGUAAUUUAUUAGUUUAUUACAGUGUUCUCAAACUUUAGUGUACAACAGAAUCAUCCAGAAGGUUCAUUAAAACUCAUUGCUGACAUUGAUUCCAAUUCUUGGUUCUGACCAAGUAUGGUGGCACACACACCUUUAAUACCAGCUGUUGAGAAGCAGAGGCAGGAGGAUUUCUGUGAAUUUGCUGUUAGUCUUGUCUAUAUAGAAAUUUCCAGGCCAGCCAAGGCAAUAAAAUGAGACCUUGUUUAAAAUGAAA